GACACCGACACGUCGAGCUUCUUGUCCCCCGCCUUUCUCCCUUCACAACAAUCAUCUAUCACUAUGCUUAUUGGAGUGUGUGGAGGAAUCUGCGCGGGCAAGUCCGAGAUAGCUUCGUGCCUCAUCGACGAGUACAACUUCACCCGCCUACGCCUGGCAGGCCCUUCUGCAAAGCCCGACAAUGACCACUCUGCCUCGGCACAGGGUUUCGUAGAUCCUCAGUAUACCUUCCAGCAUGUCGAUUCGCUGCUCGACUUUGUCACGCUGAGAUGGAGGGAACGAUGGGUCACGACCGACAUUUGGGAUGCCUCUGUUGUCGAUGCCCUUUUGAAAAGGCCUUUCUUUUUGCUUGUCAGUGUCGAUGCCCCUGUCAGAGUGCGGUGGCAGCGGUACCAUGAUCGCUGCACGGCAAGCAACACUGUUCCACCGUCCAUCCUCGAAUUUGUCGCCCAGAACGAUGACCAUCAGUUUGCUCCAAACACAGGCCUGAGUGGAUUGUCCUACCGAGCACAGCUUAACCUCCUCAACAGCACCACUUCGAUAGACUCUCUGCGCGCUGCCAUACGCUCCCUCGAUCUUACCGACGAAGCCCGCCUGCGUCCAAGUUGGGACCAAUAUUUCAUGCAACUGGCCGACCUGGCAGCGCUGCGGAGCAAUUGCAUGAAGAGGAGAGUUGGUUGCUGCAUAGUUCGGGAGAAGCGUGUGAUAAGCACUGGAUACAAUGGCACGCCACGCGGUAUGACCAACUGCAACGAGGGCGGAUGCCCUCGUUGUAACAAUGCUGCAAAGGGAGGCUCUGGCCUAUCCACCUGCCUCUGUCUUCAUGCUGAAGAAAAUGCUCUACUCGAAGCAGGCCGUGACCGUAUUGGCGGCAGCGCUAUCCUCUACUGCAACACAUGUCCCUGUCUGACAUGUAGCGUCAAGAUCACCCAGGUCGGUAUAACUGAGGUCGUAUACAAUCAAGGCUACUUGGUGGAUGACCAGACGGCCAAGAUAUUCGCCGAGAGUGGGGUCAAGCUGCGGCAAUUUUCUCCGCCCACUGGUGGCUUGGUUGACUUGGGAAUCGGAUUUGCUGGCAACAGAUAAGAAGGUGUAUCUUCGGAUGGACACUAGUUAGUUAUGACUGCAUCUGGUGGACUAUGACGCCAUAGCGAGCCUGUGAUGUUACUAGAGGCUGGAUUGUCGACAUUAGAAUGUAGGCGUGACGAGGUCGCCUGAUAGUUGAUGGAUGGCAUAUCUGUGCUGGACGUUUCUUGGAAGUAUCACAAUAUCACAGAGGUGCUAGAGAAGGUCGUUCUAUACGGCAUAAAGAGAUUCUGUUAUUUCC